AUCGGGGAGAUGCCAAACGCCAUCUUUAAACCCCACUAGAGGCCAGCUACAGUUGCACGGGGAUGAAAAACACUGUUCUUAUAGCAGGAUAUUGACUCAGAUUGUGAAGAUAGUGUCGCUGUUCCUUGGUCCAGUAAACGUUAAAGACCUGUCCGAUAGGAUUGUAAGAAGACGGCCACGGGAUAGCGUUAGAACCUUAAAAUGUUGUUAACAUAGAGAGAGAACAACAAUAGACGGAAAGACAACAACAACGCUAGCAGUUUGCUAAGCACUGCGCUGUUUUCAAACGCUAACUAGAAGCUAGCUAGUGCUAGCUAAUUCAUUAGCAGAUUUUGUUUGAUUACGUUACAACUGACAGGAACGGAGGCUGUAGCUGGCAGUGGACAUCCCGAUACACCUACCGGUUGAGUCAGCUGUUAUCUGGCUCUUUAACUACAUAUUUCUGCCUCAGUUUAUGUUGUAGCGCUAGCUAGCUAAAAGCUAAGUCCUGACUUCUCGCUCUCCCCAGCGGCCCAGCCGGAGAUGUGUGGAAGAUGUCGGUGUCGGGGCUGAAGGCCGAACUGAAGUUUUUGGAGUCCAUUUUUGAUCCAAACCACGAACGAUUCAGGAUAAUUGAUUGGAAGCCCGACGAACUGAGCUGCCAGUUUAAUGUAACUGGAGAAAAGUUGCUAAUUAUCCACUGUAACAUUACGGAAUCAUAUCCAUCUACGCCACCAAUAUGGUUUGUGGACUCUGACGACCCGAGCUUGGCACAAGUCUUGGAGAGGCUGGAAGAUGUGAGAAAAGGAAGCACCCUUCUUUUGCAGCAGUUAAAAAAACUGAUUUGCGACCUUUGUCGGUUGUACAACCUUCCUCAACAUCCUGAUGUGGAGAUGCUAGACCAGCCCCUGCCUGCAGGACCAGUGGGACAAGACCGAAAGCAUGGGACUGAGGAGGUCACAUCUGAAGAGGAAGAGGAGGAAGAAAUGGGGGAAGACAUUGAGGACCUGGACCAUUAUGAAAUGAAAGAGGAGCCGGUGGAUGGGAAGAAGUCUGAGGAUGAUGGCAUUGAGAAAGAGAAUCUGGCGAUCCUUGAGAAGAUCCGAAAGAACCAGAGACAAGACCACUUAAACGGAGCUGUAUCUGGUUCAGUGCAAGCCUCUGACCGCCUGAUGAAGGAACUGAGAGAAAUCUAUCGGUCUCAGAGUUAUAAGACGGGGAUUUAUUCAGUUGAGCUUGUUAAUGACAGCCUGUAUGAAUGGCACGUCAAACUGAGAACGGUGGAUCCAGAUAGCCCUUUACACAGUGAUUUACAAGUCUUAAAGGAGAAGGAAGGAAUGGAUUACAUUUUAUUAAACUUCUCAUAUAAAGAUAAUUUCCCCUUUGAUCCACCUUUUGUCAGAGUAGUGUCCCCUGUGCUUUCUGGAGGUUACGUUCUUGGAGGAGGCGCCCUUUGCAUGGAACUUCUCACUAAGCAGGGUUGGAGCAGUGCCUAUUCCAUUGAGUCUGUCAUCAUGCAGAUCAAUGCCACUUUAGUCAAAGGAAAAGCUAGAGUGCAGUUUGGAGCCAACAAAAACCAGUACAAUCUUGCCAGAGCACAACAGUCCUACAAAUCCCUGGUUCAGAUUCAUGAAAAGAAUGGCUGGUACACACCCCCGAAGGAGGACGGCUAAUAGAGACUGUUGCCUUUCCUGCACCGGGACCACACGUCUUUGAUCUUUCUUUUUUUUGCGACCAAUGUUGUUUUUAUCCUUCGCGUAAUAUUGUUCUCUCUCAAUGACAGUUAAAAUUCCAAACCAAAUUCCUUGUGUAUUUUCUGGCCAGAAACAGGCUCAGAUACAGAUACGUUCACCUCCACCUGAAAUUGGACACCAUGGCUACAGGUGUUCAUGUCCUCUCCUCAGAUUCUCAUCUCUAACUGUAUGUCUGCUGUCUUAAUUUUUGUACUCCAUGGCCCAUAAAAGUGAUGGACUAAACAUCAUGAAAAUCUCCCCCUGGGGUUUGGCAUUGAGCACGUUGAGGUAACUCUUUGAGUUCAAGAGGUGUGGCAUGGCUUUCUCUUCCACUAGUGGCAGUCUGAUGCUCCAGUUGACAAACGCGGUCUCUCUUGCCUUACAUUGGAUAUGAGUCUGGCAUGCUCCAUUUCCUAAUACAAUGCAGUGAUGGCUGGGAAGGACCUCAAGAAUGCUGGUGGUGGGAAGACCUCUUGCCUUUGACUUCCACAGACGACCUUCCUAAUAUUGCCAUCAUCUUUUUGAUGCCAAGACCCUCCGGGUUUUCUCCUUUGGAGAAAAAAAUUAAGCUUCUUCUAAGCCUAGUUAGCAUUCUCCCUUCCUAUGUCUAAAGUCCUGAGAAAGGGCAGGACAAUACAUGGACCUCUGCAGGUUUCGUGGGACAGGCCAUUAUGAGGAUGAGGAUGUGGAGAAAACCACCAACAUAAUCACAACCAGCAGCUGGACAUCCUUAGUGUGCAGCUAGUCUGGCAGCAUUACAGACACGAUGGUGAGGCAAAGCAGGGGCUUGUUUGGAUCAGAUCACACUGUAAUGUAAUUGAUUUUAACUCCACUGUAAACAUGUACAUUUGUAUUUCUGCUAAAGGAUUUAAUUGUUUAUAAUGUAACCUUGUGUAGGUCUUUGGCUGAGCAGAGACUGUAUUACUGAAUACUCUUGACUAAGACUUGCAGGGCCAUUGCAACCGCUUAAGAUCAAUGUAAAAUAAAGAAAAGUAACAUUAUUGAUACUUGAGAAGUAUCUGAAGGAAGCGAAAGUGCACCAGGUCCUUGUACAAGCCUACUGACUACUGCAGUUAUUUUAGAUUUACUAUCCAGAUCUUAUUUUUUGGUAACCCUGUCUUUCAGUGGAGCUCCAAUACUACAGUGGCUGUUACAAUAUUGCUAGACAGCUGUCAGUAGCAUACCAGAGGUUUAGCCGUUCAGAUCCAAUAAGCUAAACCUCACUACGGCUAUGCAGCGGAGACACUUGGGAUUUUUGUUCAAAUAAAGACAAUUAGAACAGAGCUUUUGUCAACUUCAAACAUCUUAAAGCUGGCUCGCUUCCUAACUACUACUCCCAGUUAACUGUCUGAGGUAAAGGUGACCUUUAACUUCUGACUUUUCUGUGAUCUCAGUGCUGUUUUAUUACGCAGCCAGAGUUACAGAUUCACAGCAAUACUCUUCUCCAUUAUAACAUUUUCACUUCAAGCCCAGAAAGAUCACCCUGGGGUCUGUUCUGUUUCCAGAAAAUCUGUUCAGGUUAAAUAAAUAUUAGUUGAGCUCUGCCACAGGAAAACUUCAGCUCGUCCCAUUAACACUUCCCUGAUUUACUAUUCAUGACCACUCUCAACGCGGCUGUACCCCUCAGCGUGUUGAGGCUUUGAUGUAAUGUGGGUAAUAUGCAGAAAACUGUGGAGCAUUCCAGGUAAUGCGGUGACAUGUUUUUUUGUAGGUGUUCUGUUGUGUGAUUACUUGCUUUUUUUUUUAAGUACAUCAUCCUGAUAACCUGCGUAGAAGGCUUAGUUUUGCCAUUUCAUGCAGUGAAUCCUCAUUUCUGACUUGAUUUUUGGGUUUCCAGAGUGACAACCAACUCCAGAUUGGUUUAAAUAAAGCUUGUCCAUGCUCAGCUCACCUGGCAAUUGUUUUCCUGCAAGGUUUGUUUUUUAUAUGAAGCAAACUACCAGGUCAUAGGCAUGAUUGUUAGCUGUUGUAAUGUGUUUGUAAUGUAUUCAUCCCAUUCUGCUUACAUUGUUUGGCCCUCCCUUGCAUUUCUGGACAAGCAAACUCAGGAAUACAUACUGCACACUCAACUUUGCAAAAAACAUUGGUUCAGGCCAUCGUUGAUGGCAAGAUUGAAUGUCUCGAUCUGUUUUUCUCCCGCCCUGUUUUUGUUACGUUACACCAUGUGUUUUGACAUUGCAUUCCACAUAUGGUUAAAGAUUUUAAAUGACGUGUUCAGAAUGAUCAGAAGUGUAAGGCAGAGAUUGCUCCAUUGGCUUGUUGAAGGGUUCAGAGCACAUGUACCCUUUCUCUUUGAUAUUGCUGUUUUUUGCAUGUCAAUAUAGUAGUGGGUAUAAAUCCCCCUCCGUGUUGUGGGAAACAGAGUGUUGGGGUGGUUUAAAAAAAAGACUACAAAUGUAAUUUGUUGUGGCUCCCCCCCCCCCCCCUGCAUCAGUGCAGAGGCCAGAUAUGGAGACAUGUGGACUGGUUAUCUCCUCCACUUGGUCUGCCUUCAUGGAUGCCAGGUUUAUUCCAGUAAAUAACAGCAGCUGACAUACAUGAAGCUGGUUUUUGGAAUAUUGGUGCACAGAGAAACAGCUUCUCUUACACCAGCACCUUUCGGACUAACAAGGACUUCUCAGAUUAGACAAGUGACACAUUGGUCCGAGGCCUGAACAAGCCUGAUAAUGGGCUCUUUAUCUUGCAUCAUUAGCUGCGGUGGCCGGGUUCUAAAGUUAUGCACUGUAAGCAUGCUUUGGUUUGGUUUCUUUUUCUUUCCUAUUGCAAGGGUGGUUUUGACAAUGUAAAAUAAUUUGUAAACUUGCAUCAAGUUUAUGAAUAAAGACUUUUAUGAAAUAUA